GGCAGACUGAACAAGACCGUGGUCAUUCCUGAGUCAUCAUGGGGCAGUGGUCCAUUCUGUCUGAUUUGUUGGACAAGGUGCAGUCACACUCAACUGUCAUGGGGAAGGUCUGGAUGAGUGUUCUCUUCCUCUUCAGGAUCUUCAUCCUAGCUGCUGGUAUAGAUCAAAUAUGGGGAGAUGAACAGGCAAACAUGAACUGUAACACCAAAAGCCCUGGCUGCAAGAACUCCUGCUAUGAUCGAUCCUUCCCCAUUUCUCACACACGCUUCUGGGUCCUCCAGAUCCUCAUUGUAUCCACUCCAACACUCAUGUAUCUGGGCCACGUCCUGCUGGUGAUUCGCAGAGAAAACAAGCUGAGGAGACGCCUGGAGCAGAAACUGGGUAGAAAUGGGAUGAUCAAAGCUCCAAAGUAUUCAGAUGAACAUGGCAAAGUAGAGCUCAAGGGCAUCCUGCUGGUCAGCUACAUGAUGCAGCUGCAGUUCAAGAUCCUGCUUGAAGUGGCAUUUAUCGUAGGCCAGUACUACCUGUAUGGCUUCAUACUGAUGCCCAGUAAGAUUUCAUAUGCCGACUACCCCUGUCCGUCACCAGUAGACUGCUUCAUAAGUCGUCCCACAGAAAAAAGCAUCUUCAUUAUCUUUAUGUUGGCGAUGGCCGUCCUCUCCGUGAUGCUCAACAUCUUAGAGAUCUUCCACCUGAUGAUCUCAAAGAUGAUGAAGAAGAAAAAGAGCAGUGGUUCAACAAACAAAACCACAAUUCCACUGAAGGAGUUACACUUUACUGCAGGACCGUGAGCAGAGAUGUUCAGCAGUCAGUCUUUGAGGAACCUUGCUCUCACCUUGCUUCAUGGUUGUUAGACAUACAUAUUUAGUAAAGUAGUAUAUGUAUCUUGUGUACUGUACCAACAGUAAUACAGCAUAUGUUUUAGGAUACAUUGUAUUCAACCCCUUUCCAAAUUCUAGACAAGUGGUCGAUGUGAACAUGAAAUUAUCUGAUCUAAGAAUACUGAAUGUGGAGUUGAUCCUGGACUUCUGAGGUACAGCUAAAGCUGAGAAACUUUAAUUACCAGUGAAAAGAGUUGUCUGGAUUUUUUAUGUGAAUUGGAUCGUUAUGCAGCUGUUGAGAAAAUGGCUAAGAUCAACCAAAGCACAGAAUUUCUAGUAAGGAUUGCCUCUUACGUCUUCUCUGCAUAUAGUGGCUGGGCUCUGGCUCAGGGUCACAUUAAAAAACUUCCUCCUCAUAUGCAUGUUGAGCAUGGCCAUUUUAGGAAGUUGGAUGAUAGGUAAGUAGAGGCUUAACCUUAUGCUGCUUUCUUAGAUUUAAAACCUCCACAAAAACGCCCAAGUAUAAAGACACAAAAAGCUAUUCUACAAGAGGAAGUGCAACUCAUGAAUGUUGUUUUGUUUUAAAAGGCUCAGUGUAUAGAAAUUAGGGGGAUCUAUGGGCAGUAAUAUAAUGUAAGAAUAAGUAUAGGAAUAAGUUUAUAAGUGUGUAAUGACCUGAAACUAAGAAUGUUUUGUCCCCUUGGAAUGAGCCUGUCAGAUCCACAUGGGGAGCAGAUCCUCUUCACAGAGUCCACCACGUUGCACUGGUAUGUUUCUACAGUAGCCGAGAACGGACAAACCAAACACUGGCUCUAGAGAGACUUCACGUUUUUAUGUUGCCUGAAGAUCACCGUAGUUCUGCUCCACGCUUUGCACACUGAAGAAUUUCAGUUGGUUGCAAUUUGAAGCCAUAACAUUCUCCCUAUUCUUUACACUGCUAUUUAACACAGACGUAAGAGACUGUCUCCUGGGCCCCGAGCCUUUAUGUCAAGGGACUGUAUCCUUGGAUAUGAAACUGCUGGGUAUGAUCUUGGAUCAUAAAUUAUCAUGGUAUCACAGUAUCUCCAAACAUUUUAGGAACCAUAAAUGGUGUUUUCAACUAUGAUUUAUUGUGUACGAAAUAUGUGCAAAAUGUAGGGACAAUAGAAAUCCCCCUUAACAAUGAAUGAGAAAUGUAAUUUGAUACCCUGCAGGAUGGAUAAAUAUAAUUUAAAGUCAUUCGGACAAGGAAUUAGUUAUGUUCAUUAAGAAUGAAUAUAAAUUUGGUUAAAAGAAAAAAAUAAGUUUGCGAAGGAUUUAUAAGUGUUUAUUUGUUAAAUAAUGACAAUUUUGUUUCUAUUCAGUACUUGAUUAUUAAUUUGAUAGGAUGAACUGUUCUGUUAGUUGUGUUUAUGUAACUAUAAUGUGUAUGAAUGUAUUUAAAUGUUUGUGUGUGGACCCCAGGAAGAAUAGCAAAUGCUUGUGCUAGCUAACAAAGAAUCAAAGAUAUAAACAAUUAUCAUAGCAAAAUGUUUACUUAUUUCUCAAAACAUUAUUAGUUAUGUAAUUAAUGUAAUCAAUUCUUAUUAUUUUGGAUAAAUGUCUUUUAUCACAUUGCAUAAUGUCUUCAUGACUGAAGACAUUGCAUAAUGUCUUCACAUUGCAUAAUGUCUUCAUGACUGAAGACAUUGCAUAAUGUCUUCACAUUGCAUAAUGUCUUCAUGACUACCAUUAGCGAUCUGUAGCAAACAAAACUGUGUGUUUGGAAUAAUUGUAAAGUGGUCUGAAAAUAGAACGUUACUUUCUACAAGGCUAACAACAAGCUAAUAAACAAUGUUAAUUACUGAGCUCCAGCCCUCAAAACCUUGAUCAAAUCCAAAUUUUUUCAGUUGUGUGUUUUUUUGUCUCCAUUUGUGCUACUAAAUCAUCCAAAACCUUGCAACCAAGAAAUUAUGUAUAUCUUAAUAGAAGUGGUAUCGAUCAAGUGUAAAUCCUGGGAGAAGGAUCCCUCCUCUGUCGCUCUCCCAUAGGUUUCUUCCUUUUUUCUCCCUGUUAAAGGUUUUUUUUAGGGGAGUUUUUCUUGUUCCGAUG